GGAGAUGCGCGGCGGCACAGGGAAGGGACCUGGCAAAGGCAUUCUACUGCACCAGCACGGAUUUAAAGGACAUAAGACGGGCUGGGCACUUGAGAGCCUAGAGAGUCGGGGUUUUGCUUGCGGACAUCAUGUGACGACAGCUCUUACAGACAGCUGAGGUUAACACGUUGAAAGGCAGUCAACAAAUGCCAUGGUAGAAUGGAUUCAUACAAAUAGACGUGGAGCGACCAAGUCUACGGACUACGCACUGAUCGAUGCGCUCGCAAACGUCGCCAAGUCCGCCUGUUGCCUCACGAACUGGAGGCUUGACGCGUAGGUCCUAUCGUUUCUCAGCUCAACCAGCUCGUUGGCAUAAGCCCAGCUGGUCAAGCGGCUUGCGGAGGCGCUCGGGCAGUGCACACGCCUUACCGCUGGACACUGCGGCAGCAGUAACCCAAGCCGUGCCACUCACCCAGUCAGCGGCCCUUGCCGCCCCUGCUAUCGAGGCCAUCGCCGUCCUAUCAUCCUCGCCUAUCGACCUAGCUGCAUCUAGCAGCAGUAGCAGCGGCGUUGCAGGCGCCAUGGCAGAGGGGGGCGGUGCGGACACGCUGUGGGCGACGGCCGCCGUGAUGUUUGCGGGGGCGCUGCUGACCGGCCUGCCCGCCGUGAGGUGGACCGCGCCGGACGCGGAGGCGGAGGUGGCGGCGGAAAAGGCGAGCGGCGGCCGGAGGGGUGGCGGCGGCGGCGGCGGCGCAAUGCGACUGGCGCAGGCGCUGCUGCAGGGUCCCGGCGCGCGCGCCCUGACUGCGGGUCUGAUGCUUGGCAGCGGUCUGGGGGUGGUGCUGCCGGAGGGCUUCUUCGCAUUCGUGGAGGGGGCGCCGCAGGGCGGCGGCGGGCUGGGCGAAUGGGCCGCGGGCGCAGCACUCGUGGCGGGAUUCGCGGGCAUGCUGGUGCUACAGCUGGUGCUGGACGGGUGGGUCGCCGGCGGCAGUAGCAGCAGCGGCAGCAGCAGCAGCAGCAGCAAGCGGGCUGUAGCAGCCACGGACAAGCUCAGAUCCGACGGCGCUGCUACUGCCGCCGGUGCUACAGCCCCUGCAGCCAUGGAGCUCAGUCGGCGCCGCGCAGCGGCGGCGGCGGCGGCGGCGGAACUGGCGGCGGGCGGCGGGGACUUCGGCUCGGCAGUAGCAGCAGGAGCAGGCGAGCCAGCAGGCAGUGGCGGCGGCGGCGGCGGCGGCAGUAGCAGCGCCACUGGGCGCGGCGGCGGCGGGGUCACGGGAGGCAGGUCGCCGGAGCUGGCGCUGGCGGGUCUGUUGGUGCACUCGGCCGCGGACGGGCUGGCUGUGGGCGCGGCCGCCCGCGGCGGCGGCCUGGGUCUGACGCUGGCGGUGGCGGCUGCCAUCCUGGCGCACAAGCUGCCGGUCACGUGGGGGCUGGGCGCCUUCCUGCGGGCGGCGGGCUGGGGGCGGCGGCGGGCGGCGCAGGGCCUGCUAGCCUUCGCAGCCUCCGCCCCCUUGGCCGCCCUCCUCACCUACUACCUACUCGGCGCGGCUCUGGGGCUGGGAGGAGGAGCAGGAGGAGAGGCCGACGCCGCCACCGCCGCCGCAGCGGCAGCAGCGGCCGGCAUUCGCGGCGGCAGUAGCAAUGUCGGCGAUGGCGGCAGUAGCAGCGGCGGCACGCAGCAGCAGUACGUGGCGAUGGCUGUGCUGUUCAGUGGCGGCACCUUCCUGGCAGCUGCCACACAGCACAUCUUGCCGGCGGCGCUACAGCCUGGAGGCCACGACCACGGGCACGUGCACGGGCAUGGAAACGGGCACGGGCACGGGCAGGGGGAGUUUGGGGGUGCUGGCGGCGGCGGCGGCGGCGGCGGCUGUAGCAGCGGCGGCGCCACGCCGCGCAGUGACGACGAGGCGGCGGUGCGGCUACUGCUGGAGGCGGAGGAGGCGGUGACGGCCGGCAGUAGCAGCGCCGCUGGGGGCGGUGGCGUCGGCAGUAGCAGUGGCAGCAGUAGCAAGGGUGAUGGGGCGGGGGGCGCGGGGGCGCUGCUGCUGCUGGCGCUGGGAGCGGUGCUGCCGCUGUUCAUUUCGGCGCUGCUUCCGGAGGCCGACUAAGUCUCACUCGGCUGGGUGAAUGACUUCAGGGUGUGUUGGUUUUACUCAUGGCUCUCAGCGACACACUUUCUGAGGGGCCAGUCUGAGCUCUUGGUGUGGGCUUACGUUGAGAAGGCGGGGCAGUGAUCCUUUACGCAGAUGUGCGGGCGAGGAAUGAGCGGUGAGGACAUGGGCGUGUGCAUACCGCAAUGGCUCCCUCGCGCAGAGGUCGGGAGCCGCUGUCCGGCUGUCGUCGAUACGCGUCACGGAGUCUCCAUCAGCAUUGAGCUCGAGUCGGUAUCUGUAAUACGUCACGCGG